AUGCCCCUCCUGGUCAUCUCGGGGUAUCCCUCGGCGGGCAAGACCACACGCGCCCAGCAGCUGAAGGAUUUCUUCGAGGCCAGGAUCGCCAGCGAGAGCGCCGAUGCGCGAUCCAGCAAGCUCAAGGUCCACCUCAUCAACGACCAGUCUCUUGGCGUGUCCCGUGGGGUAUAUCACACGGCUAAGGCUGAAAAGGACGCCCGCGCGGAGGAGUAUUCUGCCGUAAAGAGGGUGCUCUCCCGUGACGACAUCGUCAUCGCCGACGGCCUAAACUACAUCAAAGGUUUUCGCUAUCAACUCAACUGCGAGGCCAAGGCCGUUCAGACUACCAGCUGCGUCGUGCACGUAGGAUUGACCGCCGACAAAUGUCGCGAAAUCAACAACAAGCUGCUUGCAGACAAAGAUCAAGAUGGAGGGUACGCCCAAGACGACUUUGAGAAUCUGAUCUUCCGGUAUGAGGAGCCCAACGGCAUGGCGAGGUGGGACAGCCCGCUAUUCACCGUAGUCGAAGAGGAUGCCACACCCCCCUUCGAGCAGAUAUGGGACGCUCUGGUCGGCAGCGACGGCAAAGGGAAAGUUGUACGACCGAACCAGGCAACUGUACUGAAACCAGCCACAGAGCAAAACUACCUCUACGAACUCGACAAGACCACCUCGGACAUCCUGGCCCAGAUCAUGACUUACCAAAAGGACCAUCCAGGCGAAGGCGGCGGCGAGGUACUUGUCCAGGACGUUGACAAACCCAUUGAACUCCCCGCAAACCCCAUGACGCUCCCCCAGCUGCAGCGCAUCCGCCGCCAGUUCAUCACGCUGAACCGCCAGCACAGCUUCUCCAAGUCGCGGAUAAAGGAGAUAUUCGUCAACUACCUCAACGACCAGUUCUUGCGGUGA